AGGAUCGCGCCCAAUAGGAGAGAGGCGAGUUGCAUCUGACGCAACUCCCGCGCGCGUGGACAAUCGCGCCCGAUGUCGCUUCCUGUCGCUCACAUGUCACCCGCGGUUGUGCGCUAGCAUAUUUCCCUAUUUAUUCGCGUAUUUAUUAAUUUAUUCGGCGACGAUGAUCGUGUCCACGAACGAGGGCAACCCGAACGCGUUGAAGCUGAUUGUCGCAGCUAAGCUGGCGCAGCGGACCGUCUCCGUCAGGAUUCUCAAGCCCAGUGAUGCUGCCUUGGGGCGCUUGCCGACGCUGACUGCGCCCUCAGGAUUGUCGCUGUUCAGUGUCUCUUCGGCGCUGCGCUUCCUGUUGCCUGUACCUAAAGAGACGGAGGUUCUCAACGACAGAUGGCUGGAAUGGGAGAUUUCUCAAUUACAGCCGGCCAUACUAAGAGAUCACGCAAACGCAGGGGCUUCUAAAGGCCUGCAGCAAUCUGACUUGUGGUCUUUACUGAAAGAUCUCAAUAGUGAACUGAAGGACAAAGAGUACUUAAUUGAGAAAUGUAGUAAUUUAUCACCAGCAGAUAUUUCUAUUUGGGUAAGUCUUUGGAGCACGAUAUUGGUUACAGAUAUCGCAAGCGAUAUUGCCAAGGACUUGCCAAACGUCGACCGUUGGUCAGCUAACAUUCAGAAGCAGUCAGUUGUCCAACAGUCGAUUAAGGAAUCAAUCGAAAUGUUCAACCUGGAAAGAGGUGCAAAGGCUGUCGCGAGCAUUCAGGCUGCUUCUUGGUUCCCCGUCAAUUCAGCCCCAAAUUUCCAAGUUCGCGAAUCAGUACCUAGUAANAUCAGUCCAACUAAGGAAAAAGAGGAGAUCGUUAGUAAGGAGGAACUUUGUAAAGUGACAAAGAAUUGGCCCACCGAGAAAUAUCCGGAAGUCAAGGAAAGUUCAUACCCCAUACUGCCUAAGAAAGACGAACGAAAUAUAUUGAUAACGUCGGCUCUUCCUUACGUUAAUAACGUUCCGCAUUUAGGAAAUAUCAUCGGCUGCGUUCUCUCGGCCGAUAUCUUCGCAAGGUAUUGCAGGCAACGAAAUUACAACACCCUCUACAUAUGCGGGACCGACGAGUACGGCACCGCGACCGAAGCGAAAGCUUUGCAAGAGAAAACGACGCCUCAGGCUAUCUGCGAUAAAUUCUUCGACAUACACAACGACGUUUAUCGCUGGUUCGGCAUCGGAUUCGACUAUUUCGGUCGCACUACUACACCCGAGCAGACAGAAAUCGUUCAAGACUUCUUCCUGAAAAUUAAGUCGCAAGGCUACGUGCUGUCCGAGAGCGUGGAACAGCUCCAUUGCGAAUCCUGCGAUCGGUUUCUCGCCGACAGAUUCGUGGAGGGUACGUGUCCCGGAUGCAAGUACGAGGACGCGCGCGGUGACCAGUGCGACGGCUGCGGUCACCUCGUGAACGCGGUCGAGUUGAUAAACCCCCGAUGUAAGAUCUGUAGCACUAGACCUGUCGUGAAAAACUCGGUACAGUUCUUUCUAGAUUUACCCAAGCUAGAAGACAGGCUAAAGAAAUAUUCCGUUGCCAGGGAGAAAGGAUGGUCCAACGUCGCGAGGGUGGUUUCACGAGCGUGGUUACGCGACGGUCUUAAGCCGCGUUGCAUAACCAGAGAUUUGAAGUGGGGCAUACCGGUCCCGGUAGAGGGUUUCGAAAAUAAAGUGUUUUACGUCUGGUUUGACGCCCCUUUUGGAUAUAUCAGUAUUACAAAGAGGUAUACCAAAGAUUAUAAGGAAUGGUGGCAACCUCCUCAGGAUACAAAAAUCGAUUUGUGCCAAUUUAUGGCAAAGGAUAACGUACCGUUCCACGUCAUAAUGUUUCCCGCUUGUUUAAUAGCGGCUAAUCAAAAUUACACGUUGAUGAGAUAUAUAAUGGCAACUGAAUAUCUGAAUUAUGAAGAUAAAAAAUUCUCCAAGUCUAGAGGUAUCGGAGUGUUCGGCACCGAUGCCAGAGACACCGGCAUUCCAGCGGACGUGUGGCGAUUUUAUUUGGCCUACAUUAGGCCUGAAACUCAAGAUUCCAAUUUUAAUUGGGUGGAUUUAGCCACGAAAAACAAUAGCGAGUUACUAAAUAAUCUUGGAAAUUUUGUCAACAGAGCUCUGGUGUUCGCUGAAAAGUUCUUCGACUCUAAUGUACCACCGAUAGAGGCGGAAGAGGCUGAUUGGACUGUAUUGGCGUUAGCACAGCGCGAACUGUCGUCUUACAUUAACGCCAUGGAGCAAGCCAAGUUGAGGGACGGCUUGAAACACAUACUGGCGAUUUCAAAGCAUGGCAAUCAGUACAUGCAAUUCCAGCAGCCUUGGGUGAAAGUUAAGGGAAACGACGACGACAAGAAAAAAGCUGGAACGGUCAUUGCAAUUUGCUGCAAUUUAGCCUGUCUUCUUUCCUCUCUUCUGGCCCCCUUUAUGCCCAGUACGGCCAAAGAAUUGAGAUUACAACUAGGUUUGAGUAACAAAAGUUACGGCUAUAUCCCUGAAACGAUAACAAACAUGUUACCUACGUGGCACAAACUCGGCAAGCCCAGUCCGUUGUUCACUAAGAUCGAGGAUCAAAAGAUAGAGAUGUUACGCAAGAAAUACGCCGGCCAGCAGGAAAAUAAUGGCGAGGGAGCGAACAAAAGCUCCAACGAGAGUAUCGCAUCGUUAGAAGCUGCAAUUACGAAGCAAGGCAAUCAGGUAAGAGAACUGAAAGCUAAACACGACAAGAGCGUUUGGCAACCGCAGGUAGAAAUUUUGUUAGAUCUCAAAAAGAAGCUGAAUGAUUUCAAAAGUAAUGCGAGCGCACCUGGAAAGAAAUCGCCGGCGAAAAAUAAAAAGGCCGGACCGACGCACGUGCCGGAACAAAAUGGGGAUGCUCUAACGAACGUGGCGGCAUUGGAAUCAGCUAUCGCGAAGCAGGGCAAUCUUGUACGGGAGUUAAAGGCUAAGGAAGACGGAAGUGUGUGGAAACCACAAGUGGAAAUAUUACUAAAGUUGAAACAGCGUUUGACAGAUCUCACUGGAACGACGCCAGUCGCCGUUGACAAGAAAUCUAAGAAGAAAAAGUAACUACAUUUCCUUCGUAAUAGAAUGAUGAUCUAUUGCGUUAUUCGUGUAGUUAUUUCGUCGGCACGUUCAAAGCGUGACAUAAUAGUAUUUAACUAACAAUAAGAAAUACGCGCUGUAUUUAAUACAUUUAUUUUACCCUACUCGCGCGUUGUGUAUCAGGACUUACAAGGGGAGGAAUCGUGAAAACACAUUUGUACUUUAUUUAAAUGCGUGCUCAUUCUCACUACAUAUACCUAUAUGUAUAUACUGGUAAUCUCAUAAAUAAUUUACAUAAAA